AAAACUCUUUUCAUUUGUCCGUGUGUAUACCUCUGUCCAGGCUAAAGUCUUUUUUUUUCCUUUCCCCUCUCUCCCCCUUUAAUCCGUCCUUCCAUUUCAGGAGGGGAAGAAAAAAAAACACAAAACCAGGUUCACGCAGCGCUUUAGUGGCUAAAAGUGAAAGAGCUUCUCUUUUUUUUCUCUUCUUCUUCUUCUUCCCUGCGCUGAGUAGAGCCUUGAAUCGCUCUGGAAAAUUGCUUCUUUUCAAUAGGAGGGAAAGGAGGAACAGCGUUUAAUAGGAUCCAAAGGGAGUCUGCGCUCUUAAACAGGUGGAAAUUGGACGUCCUCGAAUUUAUACAAAUAGUAAGUAAGUAUAUAAUCCGGCGUGGAAAAGGAGGGCUCCCAUCAUCUCAGAGGAUUACCGAAAACAUUUCCCAAAGUGGAAAAAGAAAAAGAAAAGAUUAGGGUGUUAACAAAAUAAAGCAAGAAAAUCGAGCUUCAGGUGUUUCUAAAAAAACAAAAAAUCACAACUACAUUUCUGAUCGUAUUUCUUUCUUUAUUUGGUUUCAUAUUGAGAUGACAUAUGGUGGCCUUUCAAGCUCGUGCCAGCCCCUGUGUGGAUUUAUUUGAGAGGGUGGCAGGUUGAUGAGGGCGUCUCCCUUGUCACCCAGUUAAGAGUUCGGGUGCCCGCUGAUGUCAGGAGACAGUGAUCCGCGCUGAUGAGGGGCGGGCGCUGCCAGUGUGUGACAGAGAGCAGUCGGCUGGUUUCUCCACACCCACCGGACCAUUAAAGAGCUAAACUCCCAACACAGACUCAACUUUACACUCCUGCAUCCUCCAGGAGCUCCGACUACAACAUUUUUUUUCCUUCCUUCUCUUCUUCUUCUUCCUCCAAACGAGCUCAGUGAUGUCCUGUUAAUUUUGUGUGCACUAGUUAAUGAGCAUUAAUCCAUCACCCCUGGAUGCUAUUGUUGCGGGGUGGGGGGGGAAUGGCCAUUUGAAUGCAAAUGCGUGACACUGUGACAGCAAGGUGCUUAUUAAACUGAUGUGCCCUCCUGUCUGCGGUGCCGGGAGCUCAGCAGAGUGAAAGGACGCGGGGCAGCUGCAGGAGCGGAUUCGGACUAAAAAGCACCGGGACUUUUCUCACGCCAAGUUUUCUGCUCUGCCGUAAACAAAACAACAACCAAAAAAAAAAAAAAAACAAGAGGAACAACAAAAUGGCAAGUUCUGCCUCUGUGGAGACCGUGAUGUCUUGCGGGAGGACCGGACCCUCCGCGGCUCCAAAGACCCUGGCCUUCUCCAUAGACCGGAUCAUGUCCAAGAGCUCGGAGCCGAAGGGGAGCGCGGAGGAGCGGGCGGAGGGGAAGAAGCUGCUCGGGCUCUGCUCCCCGAUCCCCUGCAUGAUCCCGCUGCAGCCCUUCAGCUACGACCUGCAAGCCAAGGCGCUGAUGAACUACUCGGAGUUGUGGAGAGCCAGUUUCAGGGGCACUUUUUGCGGUUCCGCGGCCGCUCCGUGCAAAGGGAACUGCGGCAUAUGCGGCAAAGUGGAGUCGGGUUUGAAGCAGCCGCUACUGAGUUCGGGUAGCAGGGUGGUGAAGCCGCAGGUGAUCCACCAGGCCGUGGCCGUGCCCAGCGCCGGCUCGCUCUACUACCUGAACUACCUGGAUUCUGCGUACCAGCAGUCGGAGCUGCUGGCCGGACACUGGUUCUCCAGCUCGCAGGCGCAGGCCUCCCUGUCCGCGCACCACAGACUCUUGCUGCUGGAGAACGCCAAGCUGGCCGGGGUGGGGGGCGAGAAGCUACCCACUCCGCAGUACCCGCACAAGGAACAUCUGCCCGGGCAGCUGGACCAGAUCGUGAAGGAGAACCACGGCCUGAGCGCGGAGAAGAACGGCGUCAAGACGCACAGCAAACUGAGCAGCAGCCCGGCAGACGGAAAACCAAAAAACUUUACAUGUGAAGUCUGUGGAAAGGUUUUUAACGCGCAUUACAAUCUGACCAGACACAUGCCGGUGCACACCGGGGCCCGGCCCUUCGUCUGCAAAGUGUGCGGGAAAGGAUUCCGUCAGGCCAGCACGCUGUGCAGACACAAGAUCAUCCACACACAGGAAAAGCCUCAUAAAUGCAACCAGUGCGGGAAGGCGUUCAACAGAAGCUCCACGCUCAACACUCACGUACGGAUCCACGCCGGGUACAAGCCUUUCGUCUGCGAGUUUUGCGGGAAAGGUUUCCACCAGAAAGGAAACUACAAGAACCACAAGCUGACGCACAGCGGGGAGAAGCAGUACAAGUGCUCCAUCUGCAACAAGGCCUUCCACCAGGUCUACAACCUGACCUUCCACAUGCACACGCACAACGACAAGAAGCCCUUCACCUGCGCCACCUGCGGCAAGGGCUUCUGCCGCAACUUUGACCUGAAGAAGCACAUCAGGAAACUGCACGACAACAACGUGUUCAGCGCGGCCAAAGAGGCCUCCAGAGAGCUGCAGAGCUGAGGGUCACUGCUGCUAAUGUCCCAGAAUGCAUUUCAAUUAUUCCACCUGCAGGCUAAAGGAGGCCUCAAAAAAAACAAAAAAAAAAAACAGACUGGCCCACGGCCCGCUUUUUGUAGCCUGGAUGGACAAGUGUUUUAAAAGCCUAGCACAGGUGGAAUAUUCUGGUAAUAUGUGUCCCAGCAUGCACCUCUGCAGGGGGUCACAGAGCGGACCAGAAGACUACAACAACACGUACACUUAACGCACACUAUAGGAAUAUAAAAGGGGAUUGUUCUCUUCCUGCACAGUCACAAGCAUCACACAGGGGGAGGCGCCGUCCCGUCUCCACGAUGGACGUGUAAAUAAUAGGCUAUGGAAAUAAAAGAAUGUUAUUUAAAAUGUGAAUCAUCGCCAUGUUGUGUAUCUCACAGACAAAAAUGUUAAUGUGAAUAAGUUAUAACUUAUAAUGAAAAAUGAAUGUUCGAGCCAUGUCGUUUCCUUUUUUGUUUUUGUUUUUUCUGGAAGGUAUUUGAAAUAAAUCGAAUAAUAUGA